GAAACGUAUCGAGUAUGUCCUACUUUCGAUUUUAAUGCAUUCGGAUCUCUCUUAUGUUACCCUUAAGUUAUUCGAAAAGACUAGCUAUUCAUUUUAGACAGUGAUUCAAUGAAGGUAUACUUGCAAUAUUAAAUGAUGUCCCUGAAGGGUAAAAUAUGUCUUGUGACUGGGGCCACCAGGGGUAUCGGACAUGGCAUCGCGGUACAGCUCGGGGAGGCAGGGGCCACUGUCUACAUUACAGGUAGAACAUUAACAGCACCAGCUGGAGAUAACAGUGUGGGAGGAUGUUUAACAGAUACAGCAAAGGAGAUUGAGGCACGAGGGGGGAAAUGUAUUCCAGUACAGUGUGACCACAGCAAGGAUGAGGAAGUGGAGAAAUUGUUUGAGAGAGUCAAGUCGGAACAAAACGGACAGCUUGAUGUUCUUGUGAACAACGCUUACUCUGCCGUGACAGCAAUUAUGAAAAACAUUGGAGUACCAUACUGGGAGCAACCCCUCGACAUGUGGGAUACAGUCAAUAAUGUGGGGCUCAGAAACCACUACCUCUGUGCCGUUCAUGCUGCCAAACUAAUGGUGCCUCAAAAGAAAGGACUGAUCAUCAACGUUUCUUCUGUCGGAGGACUGAGAUACCUGUUCAAUGUACCCUAUGGAGUUGGAAAGGAGGCUUGUGACAGAAUGGCAGCUGAUUGUGGUUUGGAAUUGAAGAAGCACAAUGUAGCUUUUGUUAGUUUGUGGCCAGGACCAGUCAAAACAGAGCACAUGCUGAAUGUUACGGAGAACAUUGCAGAAGACAAAAAAUUUGAAACUGCAGCCGGACCUGAAUCACCAAUUAAGGUAGAUGCCAAACUGAUGAAAAGAAUUUUUGAAAAUGCAGAGUCUCCUGAAUUUUCUGGAAAAUGUAUCGUUAAACUUGCAGAAGAUCCAGACAUUAUAAAGAAAUCUGGUCACAUUCUGAUGACAGCUGAAAUUGGAAGAGAAUAUGGAUUGAAAGACAUCGACGGGCGUGUGGUUCAGAGUAUGCGACAGGUGAACCAGUUUCCUGGGGUUCCUGGUAUCCGUUGGUUACCAAACUGGGUGCGGAUCCCAUCAUGGAUGCUUGCUUUAGGUGGCAACAAAUUCUAGUGACUGGAUACCAAAAUCAGUCUCGCACACAAUCAAAUGAAAUUAGUUGUUUGUUGAUCAUCAACAACUGUGCAUAGUUGCAUGUUUGAUCCAUGCCUAUGGUGAAAAACAAAAUGUUUAAAAAGGUUGUCCCUAAAUGUUUGUUUACAAUUUUUGAUGCAUUAUUCUUUUACAUUUGAAGAGUAAAUUUUUUGCAUUGUAGUAUUAGAAAUUAUUAGAUGUAUUUCAAUUUAAUUAAUUAUAGAAUAAUUAAAUCCAAGAUGAUCCUAAACUCUGAAGUUGUAGGAAUUGCAUGUAUUUUAAAGACCUACAUUCCUAUAAUUGUGUACACUGAGAAUGUUGUUCAAAUGAAUUCACUACAUGUAGAUCCCAAUAGUAUCCUCAAUCUAAGCAAAGACUAUGUUGUCAAUUUGUUUUACCAUGCAGUUUGUGUAAAUAUAAAAUGUACAUGUAUUUACAGAAAGCUGUACAAAGAUGUAUGUACAUGAAUUAUAAAUCAUAUGACAUAGUGUUGUACUGUAUUUAAAAACCAUUGAACCUUACUGUGUGCUCAGGUAAGACACUUUCCUCAAAAUCUUUUAUCCAGGUGGUUUGUGUGAAUAUAAAAUGUAAGAACAUGUGUAUGUAUUUAGAGAAUGCAGUUUUAAUAGGCAUGAAUUAUACAUGCAUGUUCUGUAAGUUGUCUAUUUUUAUUCCAUUAAACCUGACUACUAUGCAA